CUAGUGGGUUAUGUGGUUAUCCCACUUAUCCAAACACCGUAAUUCCGCAGUACGUAGUAUUACUUUAAAUUACACAUCACAGCCUUAAGCCCACUAGCCCAAUUUUAGUCCUCUUCAGUUCUUCAAAGUUACGGCUCGAAUGCGAUAACCCUAGCCCUUCGAUCAUUUGCGACGCUGGUCUUUCAACUUCCUUCGGUCCUUCCUCUGAUUUUGCAUGGCUUCCUCAUAGGAGAGGUCAAGUGGCUUUCCCAUCCGCACCGAGACUUCUAUCAAGAAAAAAGCUCCAACUCGUGUUGCCUAUCUUGCUCCGGUGCUGCCUUCGAGUGUCUACUAGCCCUCCCGUGGAAUUGAGUCUGAGCUCCAGAAUCGGAACAUAGCUCUCUUUACGCCCGAGUCGGUAGCAGAUUAACAAGUCAAUCCAUCAGUGAAGCUAUGGCGGAUCCUUUCUCCUUCCUGGGCAGCUACACCACGUUCCUCAAGCGCGACAAUCCUCUUCCUUCGUGGACCGACGCCGAUGUGGAGGAGUUCAUUUCAUCUGACGCCGUUCACGGACCCGCGUUGAAGUCUGCUCGAGAAGUGGCUCAAUUUGGUGCUAUAGGAAGCAUAGUUGGAGGUGUUACAACUGCAGGGUGGGCUUGGAAGUACUCUAAGAGCCCCCAUGGUGCUUUACUGUCUCUUGGAUUUGGUGCCAUGUGUGGUUGGACGUUUGGGCAUGAAUUUGGAAGCCACUGGCUGCAGCUUUACAGGUAUAACACUGUGGAUGCACAAGCUAAGUUCUUGGAGUGGUGGCAGAAUAAAGCUGGAGGGCAAUCUUAAAUUUUACCACUAGUGGGUUUUUCCUCUCCUAUCAAUAAUAAGAUUCAUUUUUUGUGAUUGGGUUCCAUGAUGUGGUUUUGGAAGCUUUUGGAGCCGCAAAGUUGGAUUAAAUUUAUAAUGUGUGAAUUGGACUGCUGCUGCUAUUACGUGUGUAUUUUUUUUCUUUGGAUCUGCCAAAUGAAGUUUUCCC